GGGCCAGGGCGGCCGGCGCCAUGGCGAUCUUCAGCGUCUACGUGGUGAACAAGGCGGGCGGCCUCAUCUACCAGCUGGACCACUACGCGCCCCGCGCCGACACCGAGAAGACGUUCAGCUUCCCGCUCGACCUCGUCCUGCGCCCACACGACGAGCGCGUCGUCGUCGCCUUCGGGCAGCGCGACGGCAUCCGCGUGGGCCACGCCGUGCUGGCGAUCAACGGCGCCGAGGUCAACGGGCGCUUCACGGCGGAUGGGAAGGACGUGCUCGAGUUCCUGGGCAACCCCGCCAACUACCCGGUGUCCAUCCGCUUCGGCCGCCACCGCCUCUCCUCCAACGAGAAGCUGAUGCUGGCCUCCAUGUUCCACUCGCUGUUUGCCAUCGGGUCGCAGUUGUCCCCCGAAGUCGGGAGCUCUGGGAUCGAGAUGUUGGAGACCGACACCUUCAAGCUGCACUGCUUCCAGACACUGACAGGGAUCAAAUUCGUGGUUCUUGCUGACCCGAGGCAGGCGGGGAUCGACUCCCUUCUCCGCAAGAUCUACGAGAUUUACUCUGACUUCGCUCUGAAGAAUCCUUUCUACUCCUUGGAGAUGCCCAUCAGAUGCGAGUUGUUUGAUCAGAACUUGAAACUUGCUCUGGAGGUGGCAGAGAAAGCCGGACCCUUCGGACCUGGAUCAUAGAGGAAGCCUUGCCGGUUGUACGGACUCCUUUCUCCGAAGAGCAGGACCUCUCUCUUCCCUGGCUGGUCUCUCCCAGAGUUCUCUUCCCCCACAGCAGAGACUGUGUAUCCCCAAAACAUGCUUCAUUAUCUCCCAAGAUACUAUUUUAUCCCCUUUGUUGUAAAAUUUACCCUAAACAGACUCGUUACUACUGUUUACACUGGGCCACAGAGGUUUAUUCUGCUGUUGUGGCUCCACUGCCCUCGAGUGAAGAAAGAUAUGGUGCGGGUCUGUGGCCUGGCUGCAGUCAAUUGUUUUCUUUCGUUUCAUAAUUGUACAUAUGUAUUUUUCCUGUAUAGCUCUAACUUAUGGUUUUGCAGAGGAUUUCUGUGUAGAAGUAAUAAACGUUCCUUCAAGAGGUGGAUGGCCCUUUGUUUGCUGUUGGCAGGGUCAAUUUGUGGCAGUGGCGCCUCAAGAGGAUAAGCGGGUUUGGGUGGCUCUGCUUGUGCUGUUCUCUGUAAGACAACCAGAGCCCUUUGGACACUGCUCCAUUUUUAUUUCACAGAUAGAAGAAGAUCAUAUCAUUACGUACAAAAUGUAAUUCACUUCCAUUGUUUCAAUUAAGGUUGGCUACCUACUCUUGCAACCAAGCUGUUCAGCAAAGUACCUGCGUGCAGGUUCUUCAUGAGUUGAACUUGCCUCUUCCAGGACCCUAAAACAGUAAAUUCUUCCAGGCAAAACCAAGAAUAUUCAACAAAAUCCCCGUUAAAAACCUGAGUCUACUUAUUGCAGAGUGCUGGACCUGACUGCUCAAGGCUGUAAGCGGCGGCUCUGCUAAGGCCGACUCGCAGAGGUAGCCCGAUCCCCUACCCACAGCCGUGUGAGAUGCAGCUCUUGACCAAAAACAUCCUAGACUGUACCAAAAAAAUACACACCAAUGCUAGAAACAGGUGUUUUCGUGAAACCCAGCUGCAGAUGCUGUGGGCCAGUGGUAGCUGUUGUUGCAAUACCUGCUGCUGCGUCAGUUUUCCUGGCUGAUUUGCAGAGCGCUCACUACAAGCUACCUUGGCAGCAGCUGCCACCCUUGCAAAUCAUUAACGCUGUACGCAGAAAUUGUGCUGGGCGGGAUCAGUUCAACAGAAGGAGCUUCUCUAAAUGCUCUCCCCCAAAGCACGAAGAAUUUCUUGGAAACGUGCCUGUUUCUAAGUGCUAUGGAGAGCCCUGCCACAGCACUGCAUCAGCGUUCCAUUUGUCCAGAGCAAAACACCUCCCUUGCUUCUCACAGCUCAUCCCAGGUAAAGCUAAAGCCACGCUGCUCUCAAAUCAGCCGUGAGGCUGAACUGGAAUAAUCAUCUUUCACUGCCCUGUCACCGUUCCAGGGCAGUGAGCACGCAGGGAGUUCACGCCUAAGUAAACCGAGACGGCUGCGCUUACAGCAGCUGGAUGGGAUGAACGAACGCAGCGAAGGCUUGCUUCAGCAGCCCCGGACAAUGAGGCUGAAUUGACGGUUAAUGGCUGAGACAAACAGUAAGGACAAAACUAAAUGUGACAGCACC